GAUGUGGCAUUGUGAAAUCGUGGACUUCCUUGCGUGUGCUGUUUUUUGCUCUUUUGUUCACUUUGGAAAGUCAGUGAGCCAGUCCUGAUAGGGGCAAGUAUGUAUAUAAAGGCAGAAAGCUGUCCUUGCUUCACAGUAAGAUCACGGCCCUACACCAUGCUACGAAAGAGUGUCACAGAGAGUUUUGGAGCAGCUAUAUCAUCUUUGAAUGCAGCUCACCUGACAGAUGGAGUUAUCAGGAGGAGCAAAAGAAUGAUGCUGGACACACUGGGGGUCGGUUUACUUGGAACCAGGACCCCGGUCUUCAACGUGGCCUUCCAGCACAGCAAGAGGUUCCAAGCACGGGAAAACAGCAGCGUGUGGGGAAGACCAGGGUCAUUUCUUCCACCUUAUUAUGCUGCAUUUGUCAAUGGAGUUGCGGUGCACUCUAUGGAUUUUGAUGACACCUGGCAUCCUGCAACUCACCCCUCUGGAGCUAUGCUGCCAGCUCUCCUGGCUCUCGCUGAGUCUCUGCCUUCUAAACUUUCAGGCUUAGAGCUGCUCCUGGCCUUCAACGUGGGACUUGAAGUUCAGGGAAGACUUUUGAGAUUUUCAAAAGAGGCUCAUAACAUCCCCAAAAGAUUUCAUCCACCUACAGUCGUUGGAGUUAUGGGCAGUGCAGCGGCCACAGCUAAACUCUUGGGCCUCUCACCAGCUAAGAGUGUGGCAGCCUUGGCUAUCGCAUGUUCAUUUGCUGGUGCCCCGAUGGCAAAUGCUGCAACUCAGACCAAGCCACUCCACCUGGGUAAUGCUGGUAGGUGGGGCCUAGAAGCAUCUCAGCUUGCCCUUCUUGGUCUAGAGGGAAACAAGCAGAUUCUAGACCUGGAGUCAGGUUUUAGAAUCUUCUACCAGGACUAUAUUCCACAUCAUUUGGCCGAGGUCUCCCCAACCGCCCACUACAGGUGGGUGUUGGAAGAUCAAGAUAUUGCAUUUAAACGCUUUCCUGCCCAUCUUGGCAUGCACUGGGUGGCUGAUGCUGCGACUAAGGUAAGGGCAAAAAUUCUGGCCAAUGAGCCAAAUGCAGAUCUCAAUCAAAUCAAAAGGGUCACACUGAGAGUCCCCUCGUCCAGAUACAUAGACUGUCCCCUUCCAGCCACAGAGCACCAGGCUAGGCACUCUUUUCAGUUCAACUGCUGCAGUGCACUGCUUGAUGGCGAGGUUACUGUAGACUCUUUCAGCAGUAAACUGAUGGACAGAAAAGCUUUGAGAGAGUUGCUCCCCAAAGUCCACCUGGAAAACCCCCAAGACAAUCAGGCAAGCUUUGAUAAGAUGUACUGUGAAAUCAUGGUGGAGAUGAACGAGGGAGAAACCUACACAGCUCGUUGUAACACUUUUUACGGUCACUGGAGAAAUCCUCUCAGUCAAGAGCACUUGGUGAGGAAGUUCAAGGCUAAUGCAUCAACUGUGCUGACCACAGAUGCUGUGGAUGGCAUUGUCCAAAUCAUUGACAGCCUGGAGACAAUUCCUGACUGUUCUGUGCUUGGGUCGUACAUGCAGUUUCAUAAGCACAUACACAGAGAGGAAGCCUGUUAUUCAGCUUCGGCUUGAGUGUUAUUUUAAACUUUUUAAAGGUUUAUUUAUGUUACUAUGAUUGACUAUGUUUUAAUUACUGAACAGUGUAUGUUUACAACGUGGCUGUAUAAAGCAGAUUAAUUCUUUUUAAAGUAGAUUAAUACUUUUUAAUGCUUAAAGUUAUAUGUUAAAAGGGCUAUAUACAUGAUUAUGUAAGUGCGAGACCUUUGUUUUCAUUAUUGGCUUCGAUAUUACAAUCAGUGCUGACAUUAAACAAUUUUAGAAAUGUUUAGCAAUUUAAGACAUUGUUUAAAAAUGUUUAGAAUUGUAUAGCUAUUAUGACAUACUGGUUAAUGAUGUCUAUUUAAUGCUUAGAUUAAUACUGAAACCAGGUUUAUUUUUAAUGUAAAAGUGUUCCAUGUCUUUUAACCC